CUGAAACAGUCACAUGCUUUGUUGAUUAUGAACCGGCAGUAAUAUACCCAGCAGUGUAAACAGCUGUAAAGAAGUGACAUCAAUCGCUCAGAAUUGUAGUGAAUUUUAUAAAAUGGCAUUCCUGAAGACGUUAAAGGACGGUUUACCGAUAGAUCCUCUUCCGCCCAAGAAGCAGCGUGAUAACAGCGUGCCACACGCGCCUGUCAGGAAUACGCAUUUGACACCAGAGGAAGAGCAGCUGGCCCUCAAGAACAGUCUUCGAUAUAUACCUUCACAUCUUCAUGAUGAAUUGGCACCAGAAUUUGCAGAAGAGCUGCGAAACUUUGGUCACAUAUACAUGUAUCGAUUCCUACCCGAAUUUGAAAUGCGGGCCUAUCCAAUCACGGAAUAUCCUGCGCAAUGCCAGGAGGCAGCCGCCAUUAUGCUGAUGAUAAUGAACAACCUGGAUCCAAAAGUUGCGCAGUUUCCUCAUGAGUUAGUUACUUACGGCGGAAAUGGACAAGUCUUUUCCAAUUGGGCUCAGUUCUGGCUUGCGAUGAAGUACCUUAGUAAGAUGACAAGAUCACAAACACUUGUGAUGAUGUCCGGCCAUCCCCUGGGGUUAUUCCCUUCGAAUUCAUCAGGUCCACGUAUGGUCAUCACAAACGGUAUGAUGGUGCCCAAUUAUUCCACUAGAAUCAAUUACGAUCGUUUAUUUGCUCUAGGAGUAACCAUGUAUGGACAAAUGACAGCUGGCAGUUACUGUUACAUUGGUCCUCAAGGAAUAGUGCAUGGGACGACAUUGACUCUUAUGAAUGCCGGAAGGAAAUAUCUGAAUGUCAAUGACAUGUCAGGAAAAGUUUAUAUUAGUUCAGGUCUUGGAGGAAUGAGUGGCGCUCAGGCAAAAGCAGCUGUUAUUUGCGGUUGCAUCGGAGUUAUUUCUGAAGUGGAUCCAUGUGUUUUGCAAAAGCGUUAUGAUCAAGGCUGGGUACAAGAAAUAACUGCGGAUCUGGAUGCCUUAAUUGCUCGUAUCAGAGAGUGCAGAAAGAAAAGAAUUACCACCAGCAUUGGCUUUAAAGGAAACAUAGUGGAUAUUUGGGAAAGAAUAAAAAACGAGCAUGAAAAGACUGGAGAAUUACUGGCUGAUUUAGGAUCUGAUCAAACAUCCUGCCACAAUCCUUUUGAUGGAGGCUAUUAUCCUGUUCAGUUGACAUUUGAAGAAGCAAAAUCUCUUAUUGCAACAGACCCAGAAAAAUUCAGAGAACUUGUUAAAGAAAGUCUGAGGAGACAAGUAUCUGCCAUUAACUACUUAGCUGACAAGGGGUUAUUCUUUUGGGAUUACGGCAAUGCUUUUCUUCUGGAAGCACACAGAGCAGGUGCUGAUGUUGGGGCCAGGCAGGAAGGUGGCAGAGUGGUAUUUCGUUAUCCGUCCUAUGUUCAGCACAUUAUGGGUGAUAUAUUUUCCUUGGGAUUUGGACCUUUCAGGUGGGUUUGCACUUCAAAUUCGCCAGAAGACCUUCAAAGAACAGAUCACAUAGCGGCUUCCGUGCUCGAAGAUAUUCUUGAAGAAGGAGUGCCACCUUUGGUAGAAGAUCAGUAUAAAGAUAAUAUCAAAUGGAUUAAAGAAGCUGCAAGCCAUAAACUUGUUGUAGGAUCUCAAGCCAGAAUUUUAUAUGCGGAUCAUAAAGGACGAGUGAGAAUAGCAUUGGCUUUCAAUCAAACAAUCAAAAAUGGACUGCUACAAGGUCCUAUUGUCUUGAGUCGAGAUCAUCACGAUGUUAGCGGUACAGACAGCCCAUUUAGGGAAACAUCUAAUAUCAGCGACGGAUCUGCCUUUUGCGCAGAUAUGGCAGUUCAGAAUUGUAUUGGAGACUCUUUCAGAGGAGCUACGUGGGUGGCACUCCACAAUGGAGGAGGUGUUGGAUGGGGAGAAGUAAUUAAUGGUGGUUUCGGAUUGCUCUUGGAUGGCAGUGAAGAAGCAGAAUGCAGAGCCCGGCAAAUGUUGCAUUGGGAUGUUCUGAAUGGCGUUGCUCGACGCUCCUGGUCAGGAAACAGCAAUGCUGCUGAGGUCAUUACCCAAGCAAUGCAAGAUGAGCCGAGAUUAGAGGUGACUGUUCCUCAUGAAGUUCUGAAUGACUGUCUCAUUCAAACGAGUUUCUGUAAACAAUAAGUCUUCGAAUUUUGAAAUUAUAAAACCAGUUUUAUUUUUUUACAUCGAAGAAAUCAAAAGUUCUUGCUGUGAAAAUGUGUGAAUUGUCUGUGUGCUAAUUUUCUUCAUUUCUAUUGAAUAAACUUUUUGUAUGCAGA